AUGACAGCCAUUAUCUAUCAGUUGGCCGUAAACCUUGAUUGUCAGCAACGAGUCUACGAUGAAAUUAUGACCUGUUUUCGGGACAAUACCGACACCCACGACACCGACACCAACACUACGAUAACAAUUGGCGAUCAGUUGUUUGAUUGGCAAUCAUUGGCCAGACUUGACUAUUUGGAUGCAUUUAUUUGCGAAACAUUUAGAUUGCAUCUGAAUUUCGAUAGAGACGGACGGGUAGCCAAUCAGGACUAUACAGAUGAGACAACCGGUGUGACCAUCGAAAAAGAUCGGUCGAUAUUUUUUUCACGUUCAGCAUUGCACUCGUCUACCGAUUACUACCGACAGCCCGACCAGUUCAUACCCGACCGGUUUCUCAAAUCAAAUCGACACCAAUUGGUCGACUCGGGGGCCUUUCUGGUCUUUGGUUUCGGCCGUCGUAUGUGUCCGGCCUAUAAGUUUGCACCGAUGGUCCUGAAAUUGACCGUGGCCCAAUUGCUGGUCGGCUACAAGUUUUUACCGCCCAUUGAUGGCCAGACUACUGUUGAAUGGAAAGUCGAUCCGAUUUUCCAACACUAUGUCUAUGCACCCAAUGAUUUUUUUUACUGA